CGCUCCACGGCAGCCUUCUCGCGCCCCUCCCACGCCCCGUAUGCGCAAGCCCCCACCGCGUCCGAAUCCGACACGAGCUCUCGAGCGAUAGCUACCCACGAUGCCGCCGCACGGGGGCCGCUACCCCGGCCACAACCUCUCCAACCCCUUCGCACACCUCGGAAACCCCAUGAGCCAGCAGCAACAGCUCCAGCAGCAGCAGCACCAACAGAACAUGCAACAGCCCGGCUUUGGUGGCGCGACCCCAGGCCACAACCUCAACCUCUUCGGUCACAGCCAGAACAGCUUCCAGUCGCACGCGGGACUAGGCGGAGGCAUAGGCGGCGCUGGGCUUGGCGGAGCAGCCGGGCUAAGUGGUGGGACCGGGCUGGACGGUCAAGAAGCGCGCAUGCGUUUUGCUCAGGGUGCUCAGCUGCAACAGGAUGCCGCCAUGGGCCGCGGGCAAGAUGGCGCGAAAGGCCUUGCGGGACAGCGGAUACGUGACGUCUGGAGGUCGAACCUGCAUCAGGAAAUGGACCUGUUGCGCUCGCUCGUCGAUCAGUAUCCUUACAUCAGUAUGGACACCGAGUUCCCCGGCGUCGUCGCCCGCCCCAUCGGCGACUUCAACUCAAAAGCUUCCUAUCAUUAUCAGACCGUGCGCUGCAACGUCGACCUCCUCAAGAUCAUCCAGCUGGGCGUUACCCUUUUCUCGGUACAAGGCGACGUCCCUCCGUCACACCUCGACGCUUCAAAGCUAAGCUAUCAGCCCAAAGCAGUGCAGCAAUACGCCAACAAGAUCAUUGUGUGCCCUUGCACCUGGACCUUCAACUUCAAGUUUUCGUUAGAGGACGACAUGUACAACGAAGAGUCCAUCCAGAUGCUAAAGAAGUCUGGCGCCGACUUUGAGAAACAUGCUAGCCAGGGCAUCGAUCCCGAGGAAUUCGGCUCACUCCUGAUAACGUCCGGAAUGACGCUCACCGAAGACGUCAACUGGAUAUCUUUCCACUCCGGCUACGACUUCGCGUACCUCAUUAAGAUGCUUACUUCGAAGGCACUGCCCGAGGAUGAGGAGGCAUAUCGCAAACUCGUCGAGAUAUUCUUCCCGCGGCUGCUAGACGUCAAGUACCUCUGGCGGCACGCGAACAACCUCGUGCGUCGGGGUGUGAUAGGAUCGCAAGCGACCAACAUAUUGAACAACCUGGGCACUAAAUCCGGCCUCCAAGACCUCGCUGAUGAGCUGGGCUGUCAGCGCAUCGGAAAUUCACACACCGCUGGCUCAGACGCAUGGCUCACAGGAACAGUGUUCUGGGAAUUGCGGAAGAAAAUUUUCGACGGCCAGGUCCCCGAGGACAUGAACGGACAGAUGUGGGGUCUCACCGGCGUCGGACCGCCCGCCAGCGCAACCGCCCAAGCCGCCGUGCUCGCAGCCCAGGGCGCUCAGAAUCUAGCCGGCUACCAGGGCAUGAACGGCGGCAUGAUGUUCCACCCUGGCGCUACAGCCACACACCGUGCCGAUGGACCCAGCACGCCAACAAGCCACCCCGCUGGUCUCGCAACAACGCCCGGGCCGUCUCACGGAGGUAUGAUGACUCCGGGGGCGACGGGCACGUUUGGAGAGUUCAGAUAUGGUGGCAAGUAAUUGCGCUAUGUCCGGCUUCUUUACUGAACGUGCUGCGCAGGCCCGCCCGCUAUGGGACGCCCAUCGCUGACCUUGUUUUCGCCAACACCUUUGUCGCUGUCACAAGCAAUGCCGUCGGUUUUGGUGCAGGCAACUCCGUCGCCCUUGUCGGCA